UCUAAGGAACUGGACCUUGAAAUGAUGACAAAAGUGCCUCUAGCCUCACGAUCGCGAACUCCGACGCUUGAAACUCCAGUGAUAUCGUGAUGGCUUCCGUAAACGUGGCGGUGAUUGAGGUCUUCGUCAUCCUUGGCCAAUGCCUGCUUCUAGUCUUCCCUCAGUCUGCACCCAGCCAGAAGAACGGAAUUUGUAACGUGAGGGGUAGUAAACUCCUAUGCCUAAACGUGACGCAUCUUCCGAAGCAUUUGCCAAAGAACAUUGACUACAUCCACGUGAUUGACUCAAAUCUUGACCGUCUGGAGCAGGAAGACCUGAAUUCGGCCUCAGUGGAAACUUUGAAGUUUGAGCGAAAUGUGAUCGGGGAGCUGACAGAGGGAGCGUUCCGACUCCUCCCUAACCUCAAGUCCCUUCACAUGUCUGAUAACCGCAUCCACGCCAAUCUUACUUGGUGCCUGUUCUUUGACCUUGACAACCUCACCAGCCUCGACUUGGAGGGCAAUCGGUUCAACGCGGAAUCUUUUUCCAAUUUACUGACACUCAAGAAAACCGCAGCUCCCAUGCAAUACUCCAAAGAUUUCUGUAGGUGCGAAACGACUGCAGAUGAACGCAAUUCCUCGUGCAGUGAGGAACUGACAGUCCUUCCAAAACUGCAAUUUCUAAGACUGAGCUGCAAUCCAUUCAUCAUCCUGCCAAGUGACAUAUUUUUACCUCUUGGACAAAGUCCGGUCGUAUCGCUUUCCCUAAGAACGUGUCAGUUGCUCUACAUUGAUAACGACACAUGGGCUCCUCUACAACACUUCCAAAAAGUAUUCUUGAAGAACAACAAGGAGUCAAAGAUAGAUGAACUGGCUCGAAAUAUCGCCAAUAUGAACCUAAGGACCAACAUAUCUCUGGAUCUGUCCCUGAACUCGCUGCAGGAGGUACCGAUGGCCGAGCUGGCGCCAUUGAACUCCACGCUGGUAGAGCUCAUCCUCACCGGCAACAACUUCAGCAUCAUUCGGAGGAGUGCCUUCCCUCAACUGCAUGCUUUAGUAUAUCUGAACCUUGCGACGUGCGGGAUCGGGACAAUCGAAGAAGGCGCCCUUGCUACCCUCCCCAACCUCAAGUACCUCGACCUCUCGCAAAAUCGACUCAUAAAGGUGCACCAGGCGGUCAUGCUGCCAACCCUUAUCUUCCUGAGACUGGACAGGAAUCCGUACGACGAAUCAUCUUGUAGAUGGCAGCGACUCCACGGCGACGGAAACGACGAAAACGACUACGACUACGACGAUGACUUCUUCGUUCCAAUUUUUGAGAAGAUGAACCGACUACGCUCGCUCUCUUUCUCAUGGACCCACAUCAAAACGCGGGAAAUUACCAAAAAUAUGUUUGCCGGUCUGAAGGAGCUGAGGAAAAUGGAACUCAACAAGUGCCACUUGAGGUCGAUCGAAGCCAGAGCCUUCUCCGCCCUGCAAUACCUACAGCAUCUCGACCUGUCCGGCAAUCAACUAGAGAUAGACAACGACGAGGUUUUCUCGAGGCUCACCUCCCUGUCCUCCCUCCUCCUUCACGACAACCGGAUUAGCUUCAAAGGUGCCAAGUCGCCCUUCAAGACCUUGGGAAGUCUUCUGCACCUGCAAUUGAAUAAGAACUUCAUCACCCACUUGACCAAGGAUUUAUUUUUGGGGUUGGAGAACUUGGAGACUUUGAUCCUGAGAGACAACAAUAUUCGAUAUUGGAAUUGGCCGGUUCUUGGAGCCACAAGGAAUCUGUAUUCCCUGAGAUUGAGCCGAAAUGAAUUGAUGGAAGUCACCGAGGCCAUGCUGACCGACUUUGCCAUUUUAAGGAAGUUGGAUAUCUCCGAAAACCCUUUCAAGUGUAACUGUGAACUACAUAAUUUCUACAGGUAA